GAGAAGGUGCAUCGACGCUUCAUUAACAACGAAGGCGAAACAGCCAGCAUGAAAUCCUCAACCUCUUUGGCUUGCACAAUUCUUGCACUCAGCUCCAUCUCAGCUGCACUGGGAUCUGACAACUCCACACACGACCUUAAACCGUUCCGUAUCGAUCUCGGUGCUGGGAUUCCGCAUCUCCAAACCUUGCUCAAUGUGACCAAGCUGCCCAAGGCCCCGUUGUAUCCUGGGACCAGUCCGACUUAUGGUAUUGAUCUCGACGACCUAAAAGCGUGGAAGUACGAAUGGGAGCAUGGUUAUAACUGGACAGCGCAGGAGCUCUCUCUUAACAGAUUCAGUCACUUUACGGCCCAAAUCGAAGAUCUCUCCAUUCAUUUCGUGCAUCAGAAGUCGCGCGUGCAGGGCGCCAUCCCCGUGCUAUUUCUUCACGGAUGGCCAGGGUCAUUCUACGAGUUUGAGCCCGUCAUCGAGUCAUUGACGGAGGCUUUCACCGACUCCAACGGAUCCACAGUCGCGUUCGAUGUGAUCGUUCCCUCGCUCCCUGGAUUUGUCUUCUCGUCCGCACCGCCGUUCAAUUGGACUGUGGACGACACUGCGAGGGUCUUCAAUACGCUGAUGAUCGACGUGCUAGGAUAUCCCGCGUAUGCUAUCCACGGGACUGACUGGGGCAGCGGUGUAGCGUACUCGCUGUACAGCAACUUCAACCGAACCGUAUCCGCUGCGAGCUUUGUCUUCUUGCCCUCCGCUUCACCCACCGUGGCUGAGAUCGCCGCCGCAAACGUCACGCUCUCGCCGGCAGAGCAGGUCACGGAGGCCCGGGGCACUACUUGGUCGACUAUCGGAAACGGUUAUUUCUUGGAGCAAACCUUCAAGCCGCAUGACAUUGGAUUGGCCUUGUACGAUAACCCCGUGGGGCAGCUGGCCUGGAUCGGCGAGAAGGUUAAACUGUGGUCUGAUCCGCGCGCUGGCCAAUCUCCGUCGGUCUUGAACUCCACUGCCAUUCUGAAUCUCGUAUCCCUUUACUACCUCACUGAAACUUUUGAGUCCGCCGCCUGGAUAUAUGCGCAAAACCCAAAUGGAUUCGGCACGCCGUAUGCAAAAGCGCCGACGAACGCGCCGUUGUUCUUCACACAGUACGAAUACAAUAUCGGGUCGUGGCCUGAACAGUGGGUUUCGCGGGUCGGAAACCUUGUUUCCUAUAAAGUUGCGGAUUUUGGUGGCCAUUUUGCGGGGCUGGACAAUCCACCGCAGUUCGUGGCUGAUAUUCGUGAAAUGGGGCUCUUCCUGAAACAAUAAUAUGAUCACCCGUAGCACUAGGAUUUAGACUAAUGUCAUGGCUGUAGCCAUAAAAACCCUACACUAUUUUAUGAAUGGUAGCCAUAGCAUGGCUGUAGCCAUGCAUAUUA